AUGCGGCGUUGCAGAAACAAACCUGCAGAGAUGAAAUUCGUGAAGUUUUUAGGAAAGGGUUCGUACGGUUCCAUCGAUCUUUUCAGCAACACAAAAGCCGACGGCUCGACGUUUUACAGCGCCGUGAAAGUCUCCGAUCACUGGACCAUCGAGAGAGAGUUUCGAAUUCUGACGAAACUCAAGGGAUGUCCUAGAAUCGUCCAACUGUUUGAAAAGACUCUUGUUCAAGAAACCGAUCACAACGGAAACAGAGUCUACAAGAUGCCGAUGGAAUACGCAGCUGCUGGAUUGGUCUCGGUUCACCAUCGCGGUUAUGUCCAUUGCGACCUUAAACCGGAUAAUCUCCUUCUCUUUCCGCGUUACGAUAAAGAAACGUGGGAUUGCUCGUAUGAAUUGAAGAUUGCAGAUUUCGGAUUGUCGUUAAAGGCCGGAGAGGAGGAAUCUGAGUGUUGGGAAAUCGACUCUCCGUUUGUGGGGACGCCUGUGUACAUGUCGCCGGAAUCAGUCGACGACGGCACCGUCGACAAAACCCUAGAUUUAUGGUCGUUGGGUUGCAUAGUGCUGGAGAUGUAUACCGGGAAGCAUCCAUGGUUUGGGGUUGAUCUCAAUGAUCUUCAAGGGUUUUUAACGGACGGAAAAGCACCGGAGAUUCCAGAGACGGUGCCGUUGGGUGCAAGGCAGUUUCUGGAGAAGUGUUUCGCAGUCAAACCUAAGGAGAGGGGAAGUGCUUCGGAGUUGCUGUUGCAUCCGUUUUUGAUCGGAGAGAUGAAGAUGGCUGAUGUCGCCGGCGGAGAUACGAGGCGGAUGGGGCUGAGAACCAGAAAACCUCCGGUGAAAUUCGAAGAUGUUAUUAUUACAAAGAAGCCAUUGAAAGUGAAGUUUGUUUCAUCAAAUCUCCCACAGUUUAAAAAAGUACCGAAUAAACCCCUAAAGGUGAAGAUUCUUCCUCCGAGACCCCCAAAAUCCAGUUUUGUUCCCGUUCAUUAG